AUGGAAAAGGCAAUAACGGCGCCGACGGAUGGCAUUAGGCGUAAGGUUAGCCUCGAUAAGGAUGUGUCGAAUGGUGUGAAUGAAGUCGAGUUGAUUCAACUGAUGGGCGCCUAUACUAUGGAUGUGAUCGCCAGCUGUGCCUUCGCCACCAAAACCAAUACAUACGCCGAUCCUAACAACCCGUUCACUACCAAUGCAUUCAAUAUUAACAAUAUUCCCGUUUGGAAAGAGAUACUGAUAAAGAAACGAAAGGGAAACAACGAAAAACAUAACGAUUUUCUGCAGCUAUUAAUGGAUGCCGAGAGACCUGAUGGAGACAUACGAGAGGCCAGUGAUGCCAAUGAAGCACAUCAUGUGAAUGAGGGUAAGCAUGAGAUGACAGCCAAUGCCGAAGCCUUUGCCGGAGUGUUGGAGAAGAAGUUGACUGAAGACGAGAUAUUAGCGCAAGGUUUACUCUUUUUUCGGCCGGACUCUAUGAGGAGACCAAAGAGGCGUUCAAUGAAAAGGGAGAAAUGGAUUGCGAAGUCAUAUCGAGACUACCAUUUCUGUAGUCAUUACGCACUCAUAUCCGAGACUCUUCGCCACAGUCCGCAAAUACUUCGCCUUAAGAGGGAAGCCAUGGAAGUAGACCCGGAGCUGGACGUCUGGUCAGUCUACAUGGAAGACGUAAUGUUAGGCAACACUGGAGUAAUGAUCGAGAAGGGAGUGAUCGUUGAGAUCCCGGUGUAUGCCAUACAUAACGACCCCGAGUACUAUCCGGAUCCAUUCACUUUCAACCCUGAUAGAUUUAUGCCGGAAAACCGGUAUAACAUCCAGCCCUAUACUUACCUUCCAUUCGGUUCGGGUCGACUGCAUUGCAUUGGAAUGCGGUUCGCGUUAUUGUCAGCAAAGCUCGCGUUGGCGAACAUCUCGCAGAAGUUCCGCUUCUCCAGAGUCACCGACACUGACGUCCCCCUCGUCUACAUUCAAACAGUUAGGUCAGGGCAACCGAUCGUUGGACUGGAUCGACCCGAGGCUAGUGUCACGCUCGCCUUUAUACGGCCCUUUAAUAGCGCUUUGGUUUGGAAAAGUACGCGAAGCUGUAUGCCCUCUACCGCCGUUGGAUUCUGGAGAGCAGUGGCCAAUGCUACCCGUGGUUUGUUACUACUGGUCAGCUUUCCUAUCCUGACACCCAAUGAAGGUUCUGAAUUGAAUAACAAUUCUGAUGAUCUUAUGGGAAACGGAGAGAUCAUUAACACAUGA